CUGUUUCAAUAUGGUGGAUCAGCUGGUAGGAAUUAUUGAACUACAAGUUAAUUAAUUUGAAAAUUAGCCAUGAUUGUUAGAAAAUGGGUUCUAUUGCUUCAGUAUUACAGUGGCACUGUGAGAAGUGCACUUUAAUUAACCCAACCGAACAAAUUAAGUGCAUAAGAUGUGGAACUGUGCGAGAAUUCAAACCACCUAGAAAACCUGGACUUAGGGGUAGAAGUGCUAGUUUCAAUGAACGUCCCCUGAAAUAUUCUACAUUCACUGUUUCAUCAAUCAAGAGGGAUGAAUCAAGAAGUGAGCUGAGUAGUUCGAAUCAAACUUCCAACCCUGAGAAAGAACCAGUUGACAAUUGCUUAGCACAAAGUGCCAGGAGAUGUCAGGUGAAGGCCGCUACGUGGCACGCAGGGGACAGUGGCCGAGGAGAAGGUGUCGUCCGCUCCACCAGUCUACCUAACCUCAUGUCUCACUGGGACUGUAGUGUGUGCGGCCUCACCAACACCAGCGUCAGUGAUCGUUGUGCCGCAUGUGGAAUGGCCACCAACACCACGGUGCGUUCCCCCAAGCGACAGAGCCCCUCCGUCUACGAGAAGGUCCGCUCCAAAGUCAGCAGGUCUUUGUCCAACAAUGGUGUAGUUCAGCGUCGACGCCCCAGCAGUCUGGUGGUGGAGUCCAACAGUCUCACAUGGAACGUCAACAACAUCGGGGACAAGAACUCCUGGUCGUGUUUGCGAUGUACUCUGGUCAAUCUGAACAGUGUGGAAAGGUGUGCCGUGUGUGAGAUGCCUCGGAAAGCUAACAUUCCCAGUAGUUAUAGUACUUUGCCCAAAUCUGGGGUCGUAAUCACGAUUCCAGACUGGAGAAGUUCCGUUGGCGCUCACAGAAAUUUGCUUGCGACUCCAGCUAAGGAAGUCGCUAUUUCGGUGCAACAAACUGAUUCUAGUCUCGCUACUAGUUUAUGGACUAAACCUAUAUAUCGUAGAUCUUUUUCGGAGGUCUUGCCCUCCGAUCCGCCUUUAGAUAAUAAGAUUAACAGAAGAAGUUUAGUCGAAACGGAUGCUCAAGGUAAUUUGCAACAGACGGUGCCGCGACAAGCUAAUAAUUUAAAUUUGAAACUGACUCCAAUCAACAGAUCUCCUAGCACAACUAGAUACUCGUACAUAGGAAUUUCGGAACCCGGUGUUCAGCAUUUACGGAGUCCACAAGGGACUGUGGCGGCCAAAAGAGUUUCUACGGGAUCCGUGGUUAUAGAUCUGGUGGAUAAGAAAAAUUCCCUUACUGAAAGCACAAGCGCUAAAAACUUUGAGAGAAUGUGGACUUGCAUAAAAUGUUCUUACGCUUACAAUCCUAUUUGGUCUGAAGCUUGUGAUAUUUGUAACUCCGUAAGAAGCCCGCCGAGUCUAACGGAACCCAGCCUCAUCACAGUUACCAAAGACAGUGUACGAUACACGCCUCCUAAAGAAGAAGGAUUGGAAAAUGGGCCAGAUAACCAUCUUCAACAAGACUUAGAAGAUGACUUUCAAUUUCUACCCGGUGAUAACGCGGAAGAUUGGACCUGUAAAAAGUGCACUCUAGUCAAUUCCGGCAGCGAAAUGGCUUGUGUCGUUUGUGGAGGGUCGAAGCUCAGAAGUAUAUCGUUAGUACGUGACAUGACCCUACGCAAAGGCGAGUUCUGGACCUGUCCGCAAUGCACAUUGAAGAAUCCUCUCAGCUCCCAGCAUUGUCAAGUGUGCAAAACGGCCAACAAGCCGCAAAGAUUGCUCGAAGUGCCUACAUCUAAAGUUCCCAGAAGUCCUUCUCCGAGACACGGGCAGAAGAAGUUGGCCGGUGCCAAUCCAGCUCUGGGUGCCAUACCCAAACAGAGACAAACACGCAAGAACAGCUCCCACAGAAGCAGCGCUCACGUGCGACACAGCAGAUCAGGAGUUAUCGGGAGUUACAGCAACGGCCCUGUUACCAACGAACUCUCUGUAAUCCCAGCCCAAGUAGGCGCUCGCAGUCCCUCCACAUCGUGGCAUUGUGUUCACUGCACAUUUGAGAACCACACAGCGUCCGUGGCAUGUGAGAUGUGUCAGACGUCGCGGAGUGUCUCUUCAUCAGCGUCGCCAGUCGCCCCUGGGACCCCAGUGUCGUCUCCUGCGCCCCUUGACGUGCCCCCUAGAGUGCAGACUAUGAGACAAGAGAGUGAACUGAUGGAGGAUCUGCGUCAUAUAGAGGAGCGAGAGGCAUUGGAGAAAUGGAAGAGGAUCGUGCAGUUCUGCAAAGAGAACAACGAGCCGUUUGUAGACGACUCGUUCCCUCCAGCGCCCAAGUCUCUGUACUACAACCCCGGGGACAGCAAAGACCAGAACCACGUGGUGCAGUGGUUACGACCUCACCAGAUCAACACGGAAGGCGACUCUAAACUGAAGUGGGCCAUCUUUCGCACACCACUGCCAUCUGACAUCUCACAAGGUGUUCUCGGCAACUGCUGGCUUCUUAGUGCGCUAGCUGUGCUGGCAGAAAGAGAAGACCUUGUCAAGAAAGUGAUGGUGAUGAGGGACUAUUGUCACCAAGGGGCGUACCAAGUACGACUGUGCAAGGACGGAGUGUGGACCACGGUGUUGGUGGAUGAUCUGCUACCUUGUGACAAGAGAGGACAUCUCGUGUACUCUCAGGCCAAAAGGAAGCAGUUAUGGGUGCCUUUAAUAGAGAAAGCUGUUGCCAAAAUACAUGGUUGUUAUGAAGCGCUGGUCUCCGGAAGAGCUAUUGAAGGCUUGGCCACGUUGACAGGUGCCCCGUGUGAAAGUGUGCCACUACAGCCGAGCUCACUGCCAUCAGAAGAUGAGCUUGACAAGGACCUGAUCUGGGCCCAACUGUUGAGCUCCAGACUGGCCAGGUUCCUGAUGGGGGCUUCGUGUGGCGGGGGCAACAUGAAGGUGGACGAAGAUGAGUAUCAGCGGCGGGGACUGCGACCCAGGCAUGCCUACUCGGUGUUGGACGUGAGAGAUCUGAACGGCAUCAGAUUGGUAAGACUGAGGAACCCCUGGGGACACUACAGCUGGCGAGGAGACUGGUCGGACGACUCCGACAUAUGGACGCCUCAGCUGAGAGAACUGCUCAUGCCCCACGGUGCGUCUGACGGGGUCUUCUGGAUAUCGUUCGAGGACGUGCUCAAGUACUUUGACUGUAUAGACAUCUGCAAGGUGCGAUGGUCAGGCUGGAACGAGGUGAGGCUACGAGGUACGCUGCCUCCCCUCGCCUCUCUAGAACAUCUGUCCUGUGUGCUACUGACGGUGCUGGAGCCCACUGAGGCAGAGUUCACACUCUUUCAGGAGGGACAGAGGAACAGUGAGAAGUCGCAAAGGUCGCAGCUGGACCUGUGUGUAGUGGUGUUCCGCACAAGGUCCCCGGCCAGUCCCGAGGUAGGACGUCUCGUCGAGCACAGCAAACGACAAGUAAGAGGCUUCGUCGGGUGUCACAAGAUGCUGGAGAGGGAUCUGUACAUCCUCGUCUGUCUAGCCUUCAACCACUGGCAUACUGGUAUAGAGGACCCAGCCAACUAUCCUCAGUAUGUGUUGGCCAUCCACAGCUCCAAGAGACUGCUAGUGGAGCAGGUGUCUCCGCCCGCCUUCAUGUUAGCUGAUGCUAUCAUCAGUCUCACACUGGCUAAGGGUCAGCGGCAUGAGGGCAGAGAAGGCAUGACGGCCUACUACUUGACUAAGGGUUGGGCUGGGUUGGUGGUCAUGGUGGAGAAUAGACACGAGAACAAGUGGAUCCAUGUGAAAUGUGACUGUCAGGAGAGUUACAAUGUGGUGUCCACCAGGGGACAGUUGAGGACGGUCGACUCUGUACCUCCCUUGCACAGGCAAGUGAUCAUAGUGCUGACUCAACUAGAGGGCAGCGGGGGCUUCUCCAUAGCUCAUCGACUGACACACAGGCUAGCCAACAGCGGGGGACUGCAUGACUGGGGGCCCCCCGGCAGCUCACAUUGCCCCGUCAUAGACAGACAGGUGGAGGGCCUACACUCACCCCGCCUCAUCACGUAACACUGGUCGCCUGUUUGAGCCACACCGGUGCCCAACUAUCAUGUGAUAUGUAAAUACAUCUUUUGUCGUAUUUUAACAGUUUUGUAAGUCAAGUUGUGCCCCACUAUAGCUAGCGACUCCGCACAACCCAAUGGACGUUGGAAACGUACACCGCUGCUGCUCCGGUUUGUCACAGUUAGGAUCUUCACACUCGUCUGUCCCAGAAAUUUGAGCACAAGUUUUACAAGGGUUGGAUAAUAAUUUUUGAUAUUUCACAUCAAAUUUGUAGGACAGUUUGUUAUUUUUAACUUUGGUUUAGUAGCCUUCGGAUUAUCGAUAAAUAAUAAAAAUGGAGUAUGAAUCGGUGUCACCAUCUUGCUGUCUUCUGUGGCAAUCUUCAAUUCUUUUGAAUAUGGUCUUCAACAGGAGAUGAUUAUAAUAUGCAAAAUGUCUAACACAGCCCCACACGUAACACCAAUGGCACCAAUUUAGCACUGAAACUAGUUUAAUUUAAUGGAUUGCCCCAAACAGGGUCUUUUUCUCUCUAGGAUGUAGCACAGAAUUCUUUCCACAUUACUUAAAGCUAGAGACGGCUGUGGCAUUAUCACCGAAAUAAAAUCAAUUGGUGAUUGGUGGGAACCCAGAACCUCCAGGAAUGGAAGCCCUUGCAGUUUACCAUAAUGCCAGCUCCCUCCUCAAAGCAUAUUUCUUAUUUUUUAUCCUAGGACGCUAGACACGAGCCCAGAAUUGUUUUUCACAUUACUUUAGCUAGACCUAGGGGUUGCGGCAUUAUCACAUGGAUAAAAUCCAUUAGUGAUUUGACGGGAUUUGAACCCGGGACCUCUGGAACCGAAGUCCCGCUCUCUAACCACUAGACCAGCUCGCUCCCUCAACCUAAAAGCAUAAUAGGCCACAUGUUUGAUGAAUAAAUGCUGGUGCUUCUUAAGUCAACUUUGCACAAGUUAGGUGUAUGUGUGUGACAGUUUUUGAAAAGUUGAAAUAGUUCUGAUAGUUAAUUACCACAAUGAUUGUGGUAAUAAGUAAUAAUUAUUACAACAUUGCUUAAUGAAAUGUAAAACUUGUGAGUUCAACAUUUUUCAUGCUGGUAUUAAGUAGUAUAAAAAUACUUUAAAGUAUUUUUGUCAUUGUCUUUCAGUUCAACUGGGAAUAGACGAUUGUGAAGAACCAUAAUUUAGAUCACAUUGAAUAUUAGUCCUUAUCACAAAAGUUUUCAAGAUGUAUAAAAUCAUCUCUAAACAAUAAACUAUCUUAAGACUUACUUUUAUAAAUAUAGCAUACUGUAAAGUUCAUUGAAAUCAUAGAUUACUCAAAAAACGGUUCUUUGUCGUAUUUUAUUAAAUUAGUGUUUUAAUUGAUGAUGUUUCUUUAAACAAACCGUUGUUGGUUCAUUUAAAAUCCAUGGUUACCAUUAAAUGGAGCACAAAAUAGCCAUGAUUUACGUUCUUGUACCAUGAUUUUUAGUGUUAAGAGUAGUUUUAGCUGUUUUCCUAAUCUAUGAUAUUUUAAUUUUUACUGUGCCAUUUUUUAUUGGUUAGAUAUAAUGUAUACUACGCCUCAUUUCACGCAGUCAUGAUUUUCUAACCACGUCAUAAUUUAAAGUGUAAUGAAGUCAAAAGAUCUCAAACGUAUACUCCAUGACUGAACUCUUUAUCAUCACAAACUGGCCUAUAUGUGAAUCUUAAAAAGCGAUUUACAAUUGUAUUGAUACAAAUGUUUUGUGUAUUUUAUAUUUAGUGAUGUAUGUUUAUUUUCACAAUUUUGUAUGCAUUUUUAGAGAUGUUCAGGUAAUACUCAUUUUACCCUAUGUUAUACGGGUUGAAAUCUAUUUGGAUUGUUUAUCGAUUUUUUUAUUGAUUAGUCAAUUUUAUUGCUUAAGUGUUUAUCAAUCAUCUGUUAUUUAAUGUCAGUAAAACGUUUAAAAUUUAAUCAUUGGAGAAGAAUAAGUAAAUUAGUUUCCUGACUACGCCCAUCUUUUGAAAUCAUGUAUACGGAUGUAAGUUUUUUUUUUACAGUGACUAUAAAAUAAUUUGAAAACAGCAUUAAUUAUUGAGAUCAGCUGUGUAAAAAAAUAUCACAUUGUUUAAUCGUUUUACCACAUCAAAUGUGGUCCGUAUUUAAUGGUAACAAAAAAUUAAAAUUUAUUGGUUCAACAUUUUUUUUAUGAGUAAAUUUUGUGGAAUUGAAAUUUUGUAAAAGUUAUUGCUGACAAUAAUCAAUGUUUUCAAAUAUAAUUUGAAAAAGUUAUUUUUGAAUGUGUGUAAAUUUUCUGCACAGAAAAACAGUGUUGGAAUGUGAUACAUUUUUACUAUAGACAGAUAUAGACCCUGUAACCGUGUUUCAUUGUUAGAACAGAUUAGAAAACCUACUGUAUCGUUUACCAACUAUGUAUUGAUGUUGAUUGAUUUUUGUUCUACAAACACUUUUACCGAACAGAUUUUAUUGUUUAAAUGUAUUAAUUUGUUUGAUCUAUUUCGGUGAUUAUCUACAUUGUUUAAAAACUAUUGGACAUGAGGAAAUUGUGUUUCUUUUUUUAACACCAUUUUGUCAAUAAUUUUGUGACAAUUGUGUGAAAUAUUUAUAUCACCUAAAAUUUCAUAAUUGAAAGACUACCCACAAUAUAUCAGCCUUUGUUUCAUUUUUUAAGGGCGAUUUUCUUCAUGGAACAUAUGAAACUACAUUUUAAAAUGUUCAAGUUAAAUAACAAGUUGUUUAUCGACUAAUCAAUAUUUUCACAUGAUCAUUUGACAGAAAUGUUCAGAUAAUACAAUUUUAUUCCUAUGAUAAUGAAAAAAAUUGAAAUAUUCAUAAUUUCCUAAUAGGUUUAUGUUUUGGCGAAUAGCUCCUUUUGCCACUUUAACCAACCAUAUUUUGAGAAAUAGUACUUUUUUUCUAACAUUUUCUAACGUUCAGUUAACGUCUUGUAGUUAAUAAUUAUUAUUUGAACCUUGGUACUCACAAUGCUUUCCCAAAUGUCUAUGUUUUAAUUGUAUGAAUAUUUUCUUAUUCAUUUGACUUUUUUUUUUAUUCAUUGAUUUUUCAGAUCUCACUACUUCAUCUCAUACUCUUUUUUCUUUUAUUUGAAGAAAGAAUUGGUCACUCAACAAUUUUCCUAUCAAAAUGUACUAAACUGCAAAUAUUUUCAAGAACUGAAGUGGAUACGUUGGAUGUUUUAAUGUAUAAAAAAGUUGUUGGCAACAAAUUAUUUUAUUCCGAUCAAUGAGUAUUGUAAUACAAAUGAAAAUCAUGAUUUUAAAAAAUACAAUUUAAUUUUUUCUUGUGUUAACCUUUUAUUAUUCAGAUUUAGGAAAAUAAAUAAUGAAUUCAAAACUACAAUGCUGAAAAGCUACCAGAUGUGAGUAAAGAAACAAAAAGAAAGUAAAAUAGAAUUAUUUAAACCUCAAAUGAAUGUGUUUAUUUUUUUACUAAACCAAGUGAUUUUUUAACAUAAUUUAUAUUUUAAGUUCGACCACACCCAGAUUGUGAUAAUCCUGGUUGUAUUUUGUAGUGAUCAUAUCACCUAGCUGUUAAUUAGAUGCUUUGCUGUUUAGAUCUGUUUAUAAUACUCUUUAUUUUUAUACUUUUCUGAUAUGUCGCUCAAUUUUAUUUCCCGUUCUAGUCACUCCUGUGCUUCUGUAUGUUCACAGUCAUCAGUGUUGUAAUAAUAGGUUUUACUAUUUUAUAGUUCGGUGCAAUUAAUUACCGAAUCGAGAGCAUGAUUUUUCCUUGCUGAUAUUUCUACCAAAGUGUAUUUAUGUGUAUAGUUUUAUUUUGUUAUUUACCAUUUAUAAUUUGCUGUACAUUUACCAGUCUUGACGAUUUUCACAAAAUAAACCUCUGUUUAUGGUUGA